AUGGCGGCGACCCUCGGCGGCGGCUACACCUCGCCGGCGGCGACACCACCACUGGAAGACGAAGAUCUCCUCACCGAGGUACUCCUCCGCCUCCCCCCGCAGCCCUCCUCCCUCCCGCGCGCCUCCCUCGUCAGCGGACGCUGGCGCCGCCUCAUCUCGGACCCCCGAUUCGUGCGCCGCUUCCGCCUCCGCCACCGCCGCAACCCUCCCCUCGUCGGCUUCUUCGACAUGGACACUCGCGGCCUCUACUUCGUGCCUACGCUGGAGAGUCCCGACCGUGUCCCUCCCAGGCGCUUCUCCUUGCAGUUGGACGACGGGGACCAGGCCGUUCCCCUCGGAUCCCGCCACGGCCUCGUGCUCUUCUUGUACCCGUCGCGGAAACAGGUCCUGGUGUGGGAUCCCGUCACCGCCGAGCAGCACCGCGUCGCCCUUCCCCCAAGGUUCACGGGACAUGUGAACAUGGCUGCGAUCCACGGGGCGGUGCUUCGCGCUGCCGGAGACGUCCAACACUUUCAGGUGGUCUUGCUAGUGGUGGACAACGACGACGACAUACACCACAUACGAGCACUGGCCUGCGUCUACUCGUCGGAGACCCGCGUUUGGGGUGACGUCUUCUCGGCACCGCUUCUGCCCAAGGUCGACUUGAGCAGCCUUUACACCAGGGUUUAUCGGCCCAAGGCGGCUGUGCUGGUUGAAAAUUCCCUUUACUGUAUGCUUGUUGGGAAUUUGGUUUGUAUUCUCGAGUUUGAUUUGGUGAAGCGGAGCAUCGCUGUGAUAUUGGCGCCAGUCGAUGUGUUUACCGAAGGAAAACAUGAAUUCACAGUUUUGCGGACAGAGGGUGGUGGCCUUGGGUUCCUCUUCCUGUCAAAGUCAAACUUCAGUGCCCAACUAUGGAAGAGAAAGACAAAUAGUGAUGGUGUUGCUUCAUGGGAGCUGGGAAGAACCAUUGAUCUGGACAAGCUAAUUCCCCUUAAUUCGGAGAAGAGAGCGCACACAUUCAUAGUAGGGUUUGCUGAGGUCAAUAAUGUGGUGUUCCUGUGGACGGUGAUGGGCGCCUUCAUGAUCCAUCUUGAGUCAAUGCAGCUCAAGAAACUUCCCGAUCUCACCGUGAUUUCCUGCUAUCAUCCAUUUGAAAGUGUCUUUGCUGCAGCAAUAUUAUUGUAUCUAGAGUUGCAUUCCAGUGGUGCAGAUGCAGAAAUGGGUUGUGGGCCGUAUGUUCCUCCGAUUUGUCUGCUGGACAUGGAUCCUGUAUGUGGCAUGCACCUAGCACCGGUCACCCGUGAAGUGGACUUGUAG